AUGGACACCUCGUGGGGACCAGAGUUUGGGCAUACAACUUCGGUCGAAGAUCCAGCUACAGAACAGAUGCAGCGCAGUUCGUCCCGAGAAGGACAGAAGAAGCCGCAGUCCAGACAAUUGCUGUCGUGCACCAAGUGCCGCGAGCGCAAGGUUAAGUGUGACCGAACAAAGCCUUGCUCCGCGUGUUGUGCUCGUGGCCAUCCUAAGGAUUGUGAGUUCGUCGUGGGAGAAGGGAACGACUACAGUCCCAUUCAGCAAUCAUACGAGAUACGCAAGCUACGACAAGAGAAUCAACGGCUGAAGGAACGGCUGCAAGCUGCACGAUUAUCACACUCUGGCGAUGAGGAAGAUGACGAGGAUGCCUUUGAGCAGAAAGGCUCCAAGAACAGUCGAUCCGCCGCUGCAAAACAACGACGUUUCAAGACCACUGAUCGUGUUGACAAUUUGUACUUUGGCACGCCGAGUCUUGCUAACAUUGUCCAUGAUUUCGCCAACCUACAUGUUGGCAGCCAUUCCUUAACCCACAGGGUGCCCAAGGCCAGCGAGGUAUACGGCAUUGACGACAGUCACGAAUCCAUGUUUCCCUUCCCGAUCUUCAACGGCUGGACUGGAUCGAACACAGCCACGACUCUCGUCAACAUCCUUCGAGGAGCGAAAGAUAUACCCGAGAUCGUCGAUGCCUUCCAAGCUCGUGCCCAGUCAUGUUCUUUCCCUCAUACGCCGGAAGAGACAACGAAGAAGGAGAUUCAGCGCUUCCUCGAUGAUGCCGAGAGUAAUGCUAGCCGGCACCCGGAUAUGCUUGCGUUGAUAUUCGCAACGCUUGCAACUGGGCUGCAGAUGGGCGAGUACGAUCGUGCAGGCGGAUCGUGGGUCAGAGGAUCGAUGGCAGAAAUACGGAAGCGAGCAGAUGUCUACCUCGCUGCAAGCAUGCAUGCACUUCGCAUGUCAUCCUACAUGAGUCAGCCUUCACUACUCGGGAUACAAACCUUGGUUCUGAUGGGCCCGUACCUUACCAACAGCGGCCGGUUUCUCGAUGCUUGGACGCUAUUCGGGACCACGAUACGACUUGCGCACUCGAUUGGUCUUCACCGCAACCCACAAUACUUGGACUCAACACCCUCACUCCGUGAAAGCAUGACCCGAAGAACACUCUGGUGGUGGAUGUUACACAUGGACCAACAAUACUCAGUGACACUUGGUCGGCCACUAGGCAUAUCGGGCAUGGGCGACUGUCCACCACCUGAGCCACUCGUCACGAACCCGACUAUGCUGCGUCUUGGCGAGUUCGUGGACCACUUCACCAUAUUGGCACGCCAGAUUCUGAGUAGCGAUGGACUGAUGAGCGUUUCGAAGAUCGACGAGUAUACCGAUAAGCUGCUGGGGCUGUGGGACACGAUGCCUGCGGCUCUCCAGUUCAACGAAAGCUGGGUGCAGAAAGAUGCACCACUGCCCGACUGGCCUCUCGAUGCGAUGUCAGCGAUAUUGUUUGCGAAAGUGCAAUCAUUUCUGGUACUGCUGAACCGACAGCGCGUAGAGCGUACACAGCAUUCUUCCAGGAGUUCACCACCAGGGGGUAUGAUGAGACCACCAGCUAGUACCGGUCCUCUAAGCUCUGUGAGUAGCUCAAGCUCGGAGCUACUUUCACAUCCAGCUUCCGUCCGGGGUCGAGAUCUGGUUAUCAACUCCUCGGCUUCUAUUCUGCAGACUUUCCUCUUCUUCUGGCAUCGCAACCCUGCCAUACUGAUCUCAUGGACAAUGGGUCAACAAGCAUUCAACGCCUGCAUGAUCCUCAUAAUCGAUAUCUGGGAAACCGAAGCCUAUCACAACCAGUGGAUAGUGCAAGAAGCAUUCGUGGUCUUCAACGAGCUCGCCGAUAAAGGCAUACAUAGCCUUGCAGCACUUGCCGUCAACCGCAUAUCAGAUGGUCUUUUCCAGCUUGGCCAGAGACAGGAAGAACGUAGAGUAGCUAAUCUGUCCCGUCGAUCAAGUGCACAACAACAUCAAGGUCCGAUGUUACAACUCGACACUGCCUCCUUGGCUGAUUGGUCUGCCAAUGCCGUCAUGGGUAAUACGGGAAUGUAUCUCCUCGAGGAUCCUGGUCUACAAGUCAUGACACCACAGUCUUUUCAACCGCUUGGGUGGAACAUGGCAGGAGCGGGUCAGCCACUUCCUCACAGCAACAACACAACACCAAAUCUCACUCCGCCAACGGUACCAGUCAGCCAAGUUCAUCCGGCACCGUUCCCGGUCAUCUCACCGCCAUUCAUGCCCAAAACCAUACCGGUAACCAACUCUCCUUACGCCGUAGGUCUCCAGCCACGAAUGCCAGUUAUGCGUCGUGCAUCAGCCGCCUCGACCUCUGCUUACACCAACCCGUCGGCAAUGCAUAUCCAGCAAGCAGCAUUCACACCCAUCAACACAUACCCACAACAACAAACGCACGUCCAUCAGAUGGGACCUCAGCAGCAGCAACAACAGCAGCAUUCUUUUUCUCAGCUUCGCGGUCCUCGUCCAGCGGCUACCGGCUCCUCCACAGCGGUCGGCAGAGCCGGCGGAGGACCGCAGGGAAUUCACAAGCUCGAUCGAACGCCUGGUCGGUCGAAGCAGCGGAGGCGAUGA